GUAGUUACAUGUUUAUAUUGUGUGUAUUUCUUUAGAAGAAAGACAGAGGGACUGCCUUAGUAUCUACUAAGGAACAUGCCAGGCCAAGAAAUAUCGGUGGUACAGAAGUGGUAGAUGAUUUGAGAUUAACAUUAGACAAGACUAAACGCUUGCUAGCCCUUCAAUCCAAAAUAUCAUCAGAUUACAAGAAAGAACUUGAAAUACUACAAAAUGAAGUUAAGGAAAGACGGAAUGAGUGUGAAGAUUUGAAGCAAAUGCUAGACUUGAAGAAUGAUAAAAUCAAGAAGUUAGAGUCACGUUUGGCGGAGGUUGCUUAUAGAAGAAAUAGACCAUUUACUGGACACACUCCAGUACCAAUCAGUAGCACUGAAAUGUUUGAAGUUCAAUCAAAUUCAACUAUCAACAUAUCAACUACUAAACAUGCAUCAACUAAUGAACAUAAUAAUAAACUCCUUGAAGGACAGUAUAUUAAUGAUCACUCAACUGCAAUAGAAACUACUUCAUCUCCACAAACAGCAACUCAACAUGUUCCUUCUCAUUCCACUGACACUCACUUUACUCCCGUCUCUCUUUCACCAUCAACUGUCUCUCAUUCUCCAACUGGCUCGCCCACUCAAUUUAAAACUGGUUCGCCCACUCGUUCUCCAACUGGCUCACCCACUCAAUUUAGAACCGGCUCACCCCCUCAAUUUAAAACUGGUUCACCCACUCCUUCUCCAACUGGUUCGCCCACUCAUCUUAGAUCCGGCUCACCCACUCAAUUUAAAACUGGUUCACCCACUCGUUCUCCAACUGGCUUGCCCACUCAUUUUAGAACCAGCUCACCCACUCAAUUUAAAACUGGUUCACCCACUCAAUUUAAAAUUGGUUCACCCACUCAAUUUAAAAUUGGUUCACCCACUCGUUCUUCAACUGGUUCGCCCACUCAAUUUAGAACUGGCUCACCCACUCAAUUUAAAACUGGUUCACCCACUCAUUCUCCAACUGGUGUAUCAUCAGAUGUUACUCCUUCAUUAAGAGAUUCUGUUGAAGUGAGUCCUUCUCCUCCUGUUUCUCCUCAUGUUAGAGUGUCUCCUGGUAAAGACAGACUAGCAGUAACUGAUGAUACAUUGUUUGGUGAUAGUUCAUUUGAAGAAGAAGAUAUACCCCUCCCUGAUAUUACACCUACUGAGGACUCACUGAGUGAAGAUGAAGUGAAGUAUAAGAAUGACAGUCCUGUAUUAUUGCAUGAAGCUAAUGAUUUGCUAUCAACUAAACUGAAUACAGAAGAGGUAUUUUUUUCUCUAACAAUUAUCUCAUUUACAUUAGAGGAAGAUGCUGCUGUACUAUCUGAUCCUAAUGUUAAUAAUAUAUUUGUUGAAUAUUCUUUUCUUGAUUAUGAUAUUGAUGAAUUGGAAACGCCUGUAUCUCUGCCAAAACCACCUCCUGGACAACCGGCCAUCUUUAAUUUCACAACAGAUUUUCACAUUCUCCCAAUGAGCAAUUCAAUGAAUUUAUUACAAGAAUUCUUAUUGAGUAAUGAACCAAUAAUAGAACUGAACCUAGUCCAUGAUCCUCAAGAAGAAGAUGAUAAUGAUAAUAUUGAAUGUCAGGAACUGGGUACCGCUAAUUUGAAACUGUUAGAAAUAUUGCAGAGUGAAGAAGGUGAUUCUGUCGUUGUUGAUGAAGACGUAUUGAGUGUUGCUGAUCCAGAUGAGAUGAUGGGUUUCCUAACUAUACAGAUAUCAGGGCUCAAGUCUCUGAAACAAUUAUCAGACAAACUAAUAAAGAAAUAGAAUUCAAUGAUAACUUUAUAUACUUUGAAUUCUUAAUCUCUAGUUAUCUAAACAGUAAAUUCUCUGAUAUAAUGAUCAA